GUAGCAACUACAUACAUCCCAUUGGCAAGACUAGUGUCCCGGGGGCAAGGGCUGAACAGCAACAAUGCGUCUAUUCGACACCGCCGCCACCGUAGCGGCUCUUUUUUCUGCAGGGACCAAUGCUCAGGCCCCGCAGCUUCCGCUACCACAGUCCUGCAGCGGCGUCAGCAACUUCCGGUACCAAUACACGGCAGCGGAGGGAUGGUCAGCCAUGAAGAUUGCCGGCGGGCUGAAGCAGGUCCGGACCAUCGUCUGGGACCUAGCGGGUAAUAUGCUAGUAGCAGAGGCGACCAAGGGCAUCUCCGUGCACACCUUUGGCGCCGACGGCUGCAUCAACAGCACCAACAUGCUCAUCUCGGCCGGCCAACUCAACCACGGACUCGCCCUGUCGCCCGACGGCAAGAAGAUGUACGCUAGCGGUGAGACGGCGGCCUACAGCUGGGACUAUGACUCAGCCACCCGGGCCCUCAGCAACAUCAAAACGGUCGUCAAGGGUAUCUCCUCGGGCAUCCACUUUACGCGGACGGUUGCCGUCGUGCCCCAGCAACCCAACCUAAUCCUUGUGCAAGUCGGCAGCAACUCCAACUUCGACAUGGCGUCGGCCCAAAAGGAGACGGGGCGAGCCAUCAUCAAGAUUUUCGACACGGACAAGGCGCCUGCCGACGGUUUCAACUACAACACGGACGGCGAGGUAUACGGCUACGGCCUGCGCAACACCAUCGGCUUCACGGCCGACCCUAACGGCGUAUUCUGGGGCGUCGAGAACAGCGGCGAUGACUUUAAGCGCAACGAGAACGGGCAGAACCGGGACAUCCACCAGAACAACCCGGCCGAGGAGCUCAACAACCUGGGCGACCCCCUGACGGCGCGCGACGUCUGGUACGGCUACCCGACGUGCUUCGCCGUUUGGGACCCAUCGAGCUUCAGCGGCCUCAAGACGGGCAGCAACUUUGUUGUGGCGCCAAACAGCACGUUCAACGACGCCUCGUGCGACGGCCAGGCGACCCCUCCCCGCCUCUCGUUCCAGGCUCACUCGGCCCCGAUCUGGAACACGUUCGACACCGACGCCAAGAACAUGUACGUCGCGUUCCACGGCUCGUGGAACCGGCAGCCUCCAACGGGAUUCAAGGUCGUUCAGAUCCCCUUCCAGCAGCUAGAAGACGGCAGCUACGACCCCGUGGCCGCGGCGGACAGCCAGACGGGCUACACGGACAUCUUCAGCACCCCCAACCCGGGGAGCUGCACGGCCAACGGCCUGACCAUGAGCAACUGCUUCCGCCUGACGGCCGCCGCGUGGGAUCCGGCCGGAAGGGGGCUGUUCGUUGGCAGCGACAACAGCGCCGAGGGCGAGAUCUUCAUCCUCACGCCGCCAGCCUAAGGGCGUGUUGGAGAAAGGGGAUAUUCACAUGGUUGGUAUACACGCACAUGGCAGGUU